CGCGGCUAUAUAGUGCGCAGAAGUCGCCCGCACGCGCCACAAUCGCUGUCGCAGCUCACACGUGCGGUCAGAAGCGAAGACACGUUGCUCCGAUGAAGGGCUGGGAAUUGUUGCUGAUCUGGCUUACUGUAUGUAUAAUGACAGUACUAGCCAUAGAGGGUUCUGGAAAAAAGACCGUGAAGGUGGCGGUGUCCGACGGCUCCCCCGGGGGCUUCUGGCGCAGCCGCCAAGAGUGGAAGGCGCGCUGGGUACGCGAGUGGCGGCAGCAGAAGGUGUGGAUGGCGACGUGGAAGAAAGUCUGGUCCCCGGUGGACAUCAAGGAGUGGGUGCCCUUGCCGCAGACACCUGAUUGGAAAGCGCCGAAGCACUGAUGGACACAAGCGGCAUCUGUGCAGUUUGUUCAGUCAUCAGUAACAUAUCCGACAGCUUGAAUUGUUCGUCUAAACUGGUCUUGAUAAUUUUUACGUCAUUUUUUAAAACAUGCUAAGAGCAUUUUAUUGGUUAUUUUUGGCGAUGUUUUAGAUCCCCAAAAAACCGCCCCCUACUGAUAACACUCUGCGAGAAUAUAUGUUUGAAAUAUAUGAGGUGGUUUCUGAGAAAAUUAUUAUUUUUCGCUAAAUAUGAAAAGAAUAAAAUCUUGUAAUCUCAUCUGUUAUUUUCUAAAGAUAAAAUUCUCGUGUUUACUAAACAUUCAGAACAUUCAAAUGAAUUGAGAAUCGUAGUCAGUUUCAUCACUGAAGAGCUAUUGGAAGCGAAAUUUUACACUCUUAUUUGUUCGCCUAGAACAAUUUUUUGAGAACGUUUUAAGAUUUGUAAUACGUAGAAUACGUUUGCUAACAGUGUCAAUUUAGUAUUUGAGAACAGAUUAUUUGCCACGAAACAGGGACAGAACAAUCCAAGCAAAAUGAAAUCACUUUUUGCACGUGUGCCAUGCUGUUUCUACUUACUAGUUCAUCGAGUAAGUUCUUCAAGAUGUAAUAUUAAAUAAUACAGUUCAUUAGUAACACUGCCGAAGGAAAGCUAGUCUGACAAAUAUCGUAAUUUCAUACAUAUGUAUUAUACUAUUCAUAUUUUGCACCAUUAAUUUAUUUAUGUAUCAUUUGCACUUAAAAUAAAAUUUUGUAGUAUAUUUUA